AUGGGCCGCAAGCGGCAGGUGGGUGAGGCUGAUAGCGCUCCUAUGAGUAAAAAGCUCAAACCAUCCGACCAAACACCCAAGCAGAAGGGGGAUGAGCCUGAAAGCAUUAUGCCGACUAAGAAGAUCGAAUCCUCCGAUCAACCCAUCGCGCCCGGAACCGCAAUAGCUCUUACCUUAAUGUCUCAUUCCUCGGUUUCAGCAAACCAGCCAACCGUAUCGGGAAACAGUCUCACAGAUGCCAACUCCAAGAAGGCCGCUGGUAAGACCCGCGUUCCAACUGGCAAAAGCAAUGUAAAGCCGGCUGCAGCUUCCAUAGAUAAGAGUUCUAAGAAUCCAAAGAACGAGGACAACAAGAACUGGGACGAGAUUGAAUUCAUCAUCCACACGCGGGACAACAAUCUUCCCAACCCGUUCGGUCCACGUUCGUCAACCACAGGGCCCCUACCAUGGGAAGAGGUUGCCCGUCGCUACAACGCCCAUUUCGGGAAGACGGCCAAAACUCUAGUGAGGUGGCCUGCUUGUGAGAAGCGAUAUCGCGUGAACAUCGAGGAGUACCGCCUCAGACGGCCAGACUACCCUGCGCGCUCUGACAUUAUCUAUGCCUCGAAGCGCUCUAAGACAAAGGGAGGAAGUCAGAAGACAAGCCAAAUAGUUGCAUACGGACAGGGUUCAACUAGUCGUUCCUCUGGACAUUCAUCUCAACUCGCUAUCCAAGCCGACAAGAACGGAGGGCUCACUCAGGCAGUUUUUCAGACCGGCAUUGCGAUUACAGAGACACAAGCAUCGCACGGGACUAUCAGUUACAAAGCACCAAAGAAGCGGGUUGGACCCUUUGCUGAAGAGUCGAAAGGGAUCGGCCACCCUGACUUCUAUCUUGAGUACGGCGGCCCAGUCACGAAAGAGGACUAUGAGAAAUGGUGUAUCAUCGAGAUACUGAGCAGUAACGGACUCAGGUGCGGAAGUGUGCAUGUACCUCUCAGCGAACUGCGAGCAAACUCGGAUGUCAUCGAGGCCGAAUUGAGGCACGACAGGAUUGUCGGCGUCACCCUGGAAUCUCAGGGCUUUUCGAAGUCGACCUUGGAGCUCUUCAUGCAAUGCCUCUCGGCCACCGUCGAAAAAGAUACGCUGCUGGACUGUCUACCAGUCUGCAAGACAUGGCAGGAAUUGGUGAAGCACGCCCCGUCACAGCCAACGUCACGCAUACCGUGUAUUUCCGAUUGCUCGCAGAACAUUGCAAGGUAUGCGCAUAUUCCCAGCAAUACCGCUAGAGAGGACUUUCCGCCUUAUCUGCGCAGCCCGUUCCAAAAUAUCACGCUUCCAGAGUACCAUUAUACUCUGGUACGCCAGCGCCAGAAGGACGGUUCCUCGGCACUGGUCCCCAUCGUCCGUCGCAUGGAUUGGACCAUGGAUGAGCUCAUUGACCUAUACCUGGUCGCAACGCAGUUCGAGAGUCGCCAUGUACGAGCGAUGGUCAGGUUUCGCUGGGAGCUGAUAAUGGACGGUAUUCUCCCGCCACAAGAAGUAGGGCUUGAAUCGCUCAAUCGCUUCUUCUCUCAACCCGACGUCGAGUCCUCCGUUAAGAAGCUCAUCGCGCACGGGAUUCAUGAACAAGGACUUACUGACUCCAUCCUCAAUUCGGGUGAACAGUUGAACGAAACCCUUAAAGCAAUGCUGCAUGACCUCCAGAAUGGGCGCCUAGUGUGCGUACGGCUCCGCAGCGCGCAUGCAAAUCUUGCGACAGUGCUAGGCCAGAAGGAAACCGACUUCAAAGGGACCUCGACCAGACUUCUUCACGCCGCCCGCCACAACUACCCUGAAGCCUACAAUCAGCUAAUAAGCCAGUAUAUGUCAGGCAUAAAGAAGGGGCUGUCCGAGUCCCUCAUGGACGUGAAGGGAUCUGAUCAACUGGCCGAAGAGCUUCAAAACCAACAGCGAGAUUUAGAGACUGGGAGAGCAAAAACUAGUGUCUCAUAUGGAGCUUGGGAAAUUUUCGGAGACAUUGAACCGGACAAUGAGCUCCGAAACGGGUCGAGCGGAAUGCAAUCAGAUGACUGUUUCACUGUCAGGGAUUCGGAAGACGACGAGGACUGGGGAGAUGAGGUCGAUCUCUGGUGUGCCGACUCUGUGGAUGAUUUCAAUUAUUGA